UUUUCUCUCUUUUCAAAUGUUGGUAUUUCCUUUCCUUCUUUGCCCGCUUCUGCCGCCGCGAAGGAAUCAUCGGAGAAGACGCCGUCGUGAAUUCGGUGAGGAAGUGAACCAGAGGUCGGAUUUUAGUAUUUUGCAUAUACUCCCUUUCUUCUGUAAAUUUAAUUUUUAGUGUUGGUUGAACACGGAUCCUGACCCGACUGAAUACGGAUCGUCCGGGCUAGCGGGUAGGGUACAGAAAGAAGUCCGAAUUCAGAUAUAUAUACUGUGUACACUGAAGAACCCUAAUUUUGUCCGCCCAAUAAUCGAUCUCAACCGAUCCUUUCGUCGGCGAAGUAAUCCUGAAGAAUCGUAGCAGCGUUAUCUGAAAUUUCGAGGCGAAAAUGGAGAAUUCUCAAGCUUGCAAGAAUUGCAGGAAGAGGACGCUGGUCCCCGACGACGUCACCGGCAAUAUGGUCUGCUCAUCGUGCAGCGUCGUUCAGGAUUUCGACAAUUUCGAGGCGCAUAUCGGCGGAAUUACAGGCGACGCCGGCACCUACGUGCGCGUCGGCACCGCCGGCAGCGGAAGCGCAUACAGCUACAAGCAGACCAAAAUCUACGAAGCUCAGAAACUGAUUGACGAUUUUAUGUACAAAUUAGGGCUUGAAGGCUCCAAGUCACAGGAGGUUAAGCUUCUGGUGGAAAAAGUCACCGACGGCGAGUACGGCAGCGGGGAGUGGUUUCCGGUGCUCGUCGGCGCCUGUAGUUAUGUGGUAAUGAGAAAGGAUCAAAAGAUGUUGCCAAUGGUGGAAAUAGCUGAUUUGGUAGGCUGUGAUGUUUACGAAUUAGGUCGAAUGAUCAACCGUGUUGUUGAUUAUACUGAUCAGAAGUUGCCGGAAUUCGACAUUGUUAAUUCCUUCGAACGAGCUCUUAAGAGCAUUCCGAGUUUCGGAAAAAUUAGCGGGGAAGUGAUGCAGAGGAUGUUGCAGCAGGGUGUGUUUUUGGUGCAAUGUUUGAUAAAAUGGUUCGUCACGACGGGGCGGCAGCCGAUUCCGGUGGUGGCGGCGGUGUUAGUGUUCGUCGCGGAAUUGAACGAAUUAGACGUGAAAAUCGAUGGCGUGGCGAGGGAAUUGCACGUUGCGAUUUCGACAUGCCGUCGACGGCACAAGGAGCUAUUGGCGAGGCUUGUCGAAGUCGCUCAGGUUUUGCCGUGGGGGAACGACGUAACGACGAAGAAUAUCAUGAAGAAUGCGCCAUAUGUGAUUCAGUACAUGGAGAUGAAGUCUAUGGAGAAAAGAAAUUCAGCAGAGAACGUGAACGACGUGUUCGACGUCGAGGAAUUGGUCGGGAAUGGUUUUAGCGAGUUCAAUUUGGAUGUAGUCGAGAGUGAUUCGAGUUAUUUCGAAUCCGGGCACGGUGCAAUUGAUCGGAUCGAUCGUCCUGACAAGUUUAAGAUCUCGUACGAGACGUUGGCAAUGAUUUAUUCGAAUUUCGUGGAUGAAAUUUCGUCGAUCGAUGCUUCUAAGGAGAUCGGUGUAGCGAAUAGUCGGAAAAGGCGACAAAAUUUCGACGUCGAUGAGUGUAUGGAUUGGUGGAGGGGGAAAUCGGAAUUGAGCAAGAGAGUUCUUUUGAAAGAGAUUUUGGAGAAGGAUGUUGGAUUGGAUCGAAACCCGCCGAGUUUCGAAAAAGCGUGUUCGGACGAGAUGAGAAGGCGCGAGAAAAUACGAGCGGCCAAGAAAAGGAUCGAGCGGGUUAUGAAACCUCGAUUGGGCGACGAGGAUUUUGAAAUUUUUGAUCUCGAGAAAUCGACGAAGAGGAAGAGGAAGAGAUCAGAGUCGGGGAUCGAUUGGGAGGAUUUGAUAAUCGAAACACUUUUGCUCCAUGAUGUGAAGGAUGAGGAGAUACAAAAUGGGCAUUACAAUGCUUUGUUUGCAUUGCAUGUUUUUGGCGACAAUGAAAAUAGUCGUUAGAAUUCUUGAUUCUCAAAUCGAAAGUUUUUAAGGUUUCGAUCGAUUCUUUGUUGAAAAUGGUGAAAUUAAUUAGGGUGCUAUUUAUUUCGUGAAA